AUGCGCCAACGCGUGGACAAACCUCUGGCCUCCCCGCGGCAGAAGAGCACUCGCGGAGGCAAGGGGGGAGCUUUUUGUGCUGGUGGUGAUGUUGCAGCUCUUGUGCAUGAUAUCAACAAUGGAAAUUGGAAGUCAGUGCAAUUGUCUCUUGGAAAGUGUUUUACUUUAAAUUAUCUGAUGGCCACAUAGAGUAAACCUCAGGUUUCAAUAUUGAAUGGCAUUGUCGUGGGAGUAGGGGCUGGCUGUUCCAUACAUGGUAGUUUACGCGUGGCAACAGAAAAUUCGGUUUUUGCUAUGCCUGAAACAGCUCUGUGUCUCUUGCCAGACACAGGUGCCUCAUAUUUCCUGUCAAGGCUCCUGGGACAUUUUGGGGAGUGUCUUGGUCUUACUGGCGCUAGAUUGGAUGGAGCCGAGAUGCUUGCAUGUGGCCUUGCAACUCACUUUGUCCCCUCAGCGAAAUUGCCAUCCCUAGAAGCAGCUCUACACACAGUAGAUUCUAGUGAUAAAGCGAUAAUUUCAGCAAUCAUUGGUCAAUACUCUGAGCUGCCUAUGUUGAAAGAGCAAAGUCGUUCUGUUUUUGACAGGUUGGAUGUCAUCAAUAGGUGCUUCUCGGGAAGAACAGGGGAAGACAUUCUAUCUGCUCAUAUCUGCUCUUGUAAGCUGAUGGAGCGAGAAGCCACGAAUAAGGUAGAUGAUUGGAUCCAUGCCUCACUUCGGUCACUGAAGAAAGCAUCACCAACAAGCCUUAAAAUUUCUCUUAGAUGGGUGAGGUUGCUGAAUCUUUUGAUGAAAUAUCAGCAGUGCAUUUUUUGA